AUGGGAAGUAGCAAUUUUUCGAAUGGGUUAGAAAAGGAAAACCUUUCAAGCAGAAUUCAUUUGGAUUUGAGUACCCAACAAAACAUGAACUCCCAAGGUGGUGGCACCACCGGCCUGGAAAGUAACAUGAAUAAACCUAUGAAUCAGAAGUCAGCAAAUGAUAAAGAGAGAACAUGUCGUAGUGAGACGGACGGUAAUGGAUUUAAUGAGAAAGAUUUACGCGAAGGAUUCGGCAAUACAGGAGAUUGUUGUGAUGGCCUAAGGUUGAUUCCUGAUUCCAGUUUAAAUGCUAAGGAGAUUCAAUUGAAAAAUUGGGAAAAUUUUUGGUGCAAUACAGAAGGUUACAAAUCUAAACACAUUCAACCUUUUCAUUUUACGAGCGGUUUAGAAGAAAUAAAGGAACCAGUCAUGGAUUUAAACAUAUCAACUUCGCCAUACAAAGGUCAAAGGCCAAAUUCAGCACCAACUGAGUGUUCUGCCGCUACCACAACAAUCACUAAAAUUCAGUUAGAAGUGAGUUUUUUGAAAACUAACUUGCUUACAUAUAUUAAAAAAGAGAUUGACAUUUGUUUGUCAAGCGUAGCAUUUUUCGAUGACGCAGUGCAAAUCCAGAAGAAAUUCUUGGAAUGCAGGGAUAUCGACUUGGAUGAAGAGUACGAAUUGAAAAUUUUGGGUGAAAUCUUGAAUGAAUUGAAUUUCUUUCAUAUGCAAGAAAACUCCCUACUAAAUAGAGAGUUGGCAGUUCGUAAAUUUUCGAACCAACCUGAAAAUCAACAUCCUACCUCUAUUAGAAGUUUCAGAAAUCCACAUAUGACAAUAAACACUUUGCAUUCUCCUCAAAGGGUAUUGAAAAGAAAUGGCAAGUCUUUUGAGGAGAGCUACGAGUACACAAACAAUUCUUCUAAUUUCUGGGGGGAAAAAGCAGAAUUUCAAAACUCCAUAAACGGUGGGACGCCGUAUUGUUUCAGCUCGAAUAAUUUAUGUCAGACUAAACCGUUUAUGCCAUUUGGAAAUCAAACUGAAGCUUCAUUUGAGAGAAAUCCAGACAACAAGCAACGUUUCAACUCUGGAAGAAGUAUACAAAAUGGGAUGGAAGCAAGGUCUUACAGAGAAGGACUAAAUGAUAGUUAUCAGAAGGGAUAUGCUGAAAUGACAAAAUCUUUUGGAAAUGUAGAUUUGAAUAGAAUGUCCAAAAGAGGUAAUGAAACAACGUAUAACUGGUCACGCAAUUGA